CUUCCUAAACUAGUUAUAGCUUAUCGGUCGGUAUUCAGAAGGCCUGUGAUUUUACCCUCCACAGUUAGUUUUUCCAGACUGUACUUCUAUAUUUAUCUCAACUGACAGACUGACAUCCAUGAAGGGUACUUGCUUUCUUGAGUUCAUCUCAGUCUUUUCGCUGCUGGCUUGCGUAGGAAUGGUACUCACCAAUAAUUCCACCGAUCAGACUUCUCUUCUAGCCUUGAAAGAUAAAAUUGUUAAUGAUUCUCAUAACGUCUUGGCAAACAAUUGGUCACCACUGCCUCAGUAUGCAGCUGGAUUGGUGUCACUUGUGGUGCUCCGCGCGACCGAGUGAGUGGCUUGAAUCUUUCUCACAUGAGUCUUUCUGGCUACAUCCCCUCAGAGAUUGGAAACCUUUCAUUCCUUGCUUUCUCUAUCCAUUAGAAAACAACACUUUCCAUGGAUCCCUGACCUAAUGAGUUAGCUCACUUGCUUCACCUGGAGUAUCUUGACUUUGGAUUCAACUCAUUCACCGGAGACAUUCCUCCAAGCUUAGGUUCCUUGCCUAAACUCAAAAGCUUGCUGCUAGAAGCCAACUUCUUAGGCACUUUACCAUUAUCAUUAUGGAAUAUAUCCUCAUUGCAAACAAUCAAUAUCAGUUACAACCAGCUUCAUGGUUUCAUGCCCUCCAGCAUCUUCAGCAGAUCUUCACUGUAUACAAUUGAUCUAAGUUUCAAUCACCUAUCGGGUGAAAUCCCAACGGAUAUUUUCAAUCAUCUCCCCGAAUUACGAGGGAUCUAUUUCUCCAGGAAUCGACUCAGUGGAAGCAUUUCAAGAACUAUCGGUAACUGUACAUUGAUUGAGGAGAUAAAUUUCAGUGAAAACAACUUGACAGGUGUAUUACCACCUGAAUUGGGUGGCCUUACCAACCUGAAAACAUUGAGAAUGGACGACAAUGCUUUAAUUGGCAAUGUUCCAUCCGCGCUCUUCAAUAUAUCGGCAAUUGAAGUUAUUGGGAUGUAUGCAAAUUUGCUUUCAGGGAGUCUUCCUCCAACCAUGGGCCUUUUCAUGCCGAACCUAAGGGAGCUUCGUCUAGGGGGAAAUGAACUCGAGGGAACAAUUCCUAGCUCCAUCUCUAAUGCAUCUACUCUCGCUGUCGUGGACUUAUCCAACAAUUCAUUUACUGGUCUUAUUCCUGGGACAAUUGGUAACCUGAGACAACUUCAAGUGCUCAAUCUAGCCAACAAUCAUUUGACGAGCGAGUCUUCUACACCACAGUUAAGUAUUCUCUCUGCAUUGGGAAAUUGCAAGAAUCUGAGAAGGAUAUAUUUGUCAGUUAAUCCCCUCAAUACCACCCUUCCAAUUUCCUUUGGAAAUCUCUCUUCCUCACUUGAACAGUUUUGGGCAGACGAUUGCAACCUUAAGGGGAACAUUCCUAAUACAAUCGGCAAUUUAAGCAGCCUGAUAGCUUUGAGCUUGGCAAACAACGAACUGGCCAGUGUAGUUCCAACUACAACUGAAAGAUUGACAAAUCUCCAACUUUUGGAUCUCCAAGGUAAUCAACUAGAGGGAAAUAUCACAGAUAACCUUUGCCACUCGGACAGCUUGUUUGACUUAUCCUUGGGUGGUAAUAAGCUUUCCGGAUCUAUCCCUGAAUGCUUGGGUAAUCUGACAACUUUAAGACAUCUCAACUUAAGCUCCAAUAACUUCACUUCCACAAUACCCUUGUCCUUGGGGAACCUUGCAGGUAUUUUGGUUCUCAACCUGUCGUCAAACUUUCUCAGUGGGUCUCUCCCGUUAGUAUUCAGACAACUGAUGGUCGCGGAAGAAAUUGAUUUGUCAAGGAAUCAGUUAUCAGGUCAAAUUCCAAACAGCACAUGGGACCUUAAGAAUCUAGCUUAUCUCUCCUUGGCUACAAAUAGAUUGCAAGGUCCUAUUCCUGGGUCACUUAGUUUUGCAGUAAGCUUGGAGUUCUUGGAUCUCUCUCAUAACAGUCUUUCUGGACUUAUUCCCAAGUCCUUAGAGACACUCUUGCAUCUCAAAUAUUUUAAUGUGUCUUUCAAUGGACUAGAGGGAGAAAUUCCUAGUGAGGGACCUUUCAGAAACUUCUCAGCUCAGUCAUACAUGAUGAACAAUGGACUUUGCGGCGCACCACGCCUACAAGUUCCACCUUGCAAAAUUGGUCACAGGGGAUCAGCCAAAAACCUCAUGUUCUUUAUAAAAUUGAUUUUGCCAAUAACACUAGUUGUGGUGGCAUUAUACACAAUCCUAUUCUUAAGAUGUCCGAAAAGGAACAUGCCCUCAAGCACAAACAUAAUUACUUAUGGAAGAUAUACAUGCCGAGAACUUCGGCUUGCAACAGAUGGGUUUGAUGAAGGCAACGUAAUUGGCUCUGGGAACUUCGGUACAGUAUACAAAGGGACGCUAAGUGAUGGAAAGGUAGUUGCCAUAAAGGUUUUCGAUGUGGAAGAUGAAAGAAGUUCGAGCAGUUUCGAUGUCGAGUAUGAAGUAAUGUGUAAUGCCAUUCAUCCGAAUCUUAUCACCAUUUUCUGCAGCUUGAAUGGUAUUAAUUUUAAAGCCUUGGUGAUGGAGUACAUGGUUAAUGGCAGCCUUGAAAAGUGGCUUCAUACUCACAAUUACCACUUGGAUAUCCUACAAAGACUAGACGUGAUGAUCGACACUGCAGCAGCAAUCAAACACCUCCAUUACGAUUGUUUGAGGACUAUUAUUCACUGUGAUUUAAAGCCAAGCAACAUCCUACUAGACGAAGAUAUGAUCGCACGCGUUAGUGAUUAUAGCAUUUCCAUGAUUCUAGAUCCAGAUGAACAGGGUUCUGCUAAACAAAGCAAGUUUUUGUGCACAAUUGGUUAUGUGGCACCAGAAUGUGGACUGUAUGGAACUGUUUCUGAAAAAUCUGAUGUCUAUAGUUUUGGCAUCUUGGUUAUGGAAACUUUCACGGGAAAGAAGCCGACGGAUGAAAUGUUUUAUGGAGAAAUAAGCUUGAAGAAUUGGGUGGAGGAGUCAUUGGUACAAAAUCACAUAGCCAGAGUAAUCGAUCCAUGUUUGAUGGAGAAUGAGGAAGAAUAUUUUGAUGCAAAAAUUACAUGUUUGUCGCUCAUUAUGAGAUUGGCUCAAUUGUGCUGUUCAGAGUCACCUGCUCACAGGUUAAAUAUGAAACAAGUUGUCGACAUGCUCAAAGACAUCAAACAAUCCUUCGUUGCGAGCAUUUCCGGAGAUAUUCAUGGGAAAUUCAACUUGGAGAUCCUGAGAACAGAUCGCAUCAGAAAUAACAUGGAGAAGUUUGCUAAAUGGAGGAGGGAAAGCCUGUUGGCCGCGUAACCUCACGGUGAAUGGUUUUAAUUGCAGGAUUAUAUCCUCUAACCAGCUUCCAUACCGUUGGCACUACCCACAGUGUUUUUUUAACAAGAAACGUUCUCUAUUUUUUAUUUAACUUCUUUCUUGGUGUAAUUAAGAUUUGUUUUAUUGAACUUCUUAUGUGUUUAUUAUUAUAAAAAACUGAUAUAUAAAAAACA